AUGUAUGAUGACUAUGACCGUCGAGAUCGAGGUUACAGCGACCGUCGCCCCAUUGGGCCGAGCCGUCGUGUCCUAUCUCCUGACGACGGUGGGGUCGCCUACGACUACCGUCGGGGCACAGCGCCGCAGGGAAGACGUCGAUCGCCAGGAAGUCCACGCAGAGACUUUCCGCGAGAUAUGGACAACGGUCACGACGGCCCGAUGCGUAAACGGAUACGAACCCUCUCAAGCAGUCGGUCGCGUUCUCCACCGCCCGUGUACCAUCCCUGCCAGCGCGCUGAACGAGAAGAUCUGAAACGACGUCUUGUCUCUCGCUCACCUCCCCGCCAACGGUCGCCACGAAAGGUUAUUGACGGUGGCAGUAACUCCAAGGUUUCAGAAGUCACGGUAUUAGAUCGUGCCUAACUUUCGCCGACCGAAAAGUCUGACCGCGGCAGUUAAGAUGUCAUUCCUCCACUAUAAUCACCCCUUUACGUUUCGUGUUUAUAUAACUGUCUGUCCCGUCUUCCUACCCGAAACAAUGUAACAUCUGCAUUUACUGUCCUUUCAUUGCCUUUUCACCGGCCCACUUAGUUACCAGUUUCCACUGUGGCAGCCGGAAACAGACACUCCUACAAUGUUUCACUCCAGUUCACAUCCCAGCCUCGAAAAUGAAAAUCGUUCAAGCAAUGUCUUUGCAAGUCUGAUUGUCGUGGAUUCGCACUGGUUUGCCGGCGAGGUACAGUGAGUGACCGAUCUCAUGAAAUGUUGGCCAACAUAAGAAGGAUUGCUUAGGUGGGGUUGUAGUAUUGAUUAUAAUGCAGCAUAAUCGUAUAGUAUUUCGGACUCGUCAGGAUGUCGGCUUUUGAAUGCACUUCUUUUAGAUCCCCUUGUAAAAGAUGACUACUUGAGCAGUAUGCAUUUCUCACAUCGAUUUCUCGCUGGUCUUAUAAGUUCAAAGAUAUUUUGUAGAAAACAUGCACAAAAUAUACUUUUUUUGCUCGUUUGGUAGAAAAUCGCAUUGUUUUUACAUUUUAUACCCCAGGGAAGGCCACCUUUCGGUUUUUAAAAGUUCCUAAUUAUGAGAUUUUUAAGACCGUGCGAUGUCCGUACAUACAACAUCGCACAUGUUCCGUUUAACAGUGCUCCUCAUGAAACGUACUACAUAGUCCGCCUCCACUGCAAAAUUUAUGAACUCUGAAUGGUAUCUUAAAGGGAUAGAGGAAUAUAAUUUUCCUUACGCGGGAAGUUUACACCUUAUAGGCUGAAAUCGCUAAACGCUAAUGCAACAGCUGAUCUGGCUCAAAAUUGUUCGGGACUCGGGAAAAUUUUUCAAAACCUAAAUGUACACGUUCUUCGGGUAUAAAAUGUGAAGACAAUGUGAUUUUCUACCAAACGAGUCAAAGAAAGCAUAUUUCUGUGCACGUUUUGUUCGAGGUAUACUUGAAUUUAUAAGACUGUCGAAAAUCAACGUGUAAAAUGCAUGCUUGUGCUUCUACAGGUCGGAAAGAAGUGCAUUCAGCAGCCGAUAUUCUGGCGAGUCCGAAGUACUAUGAGGUUAUACUGCAUGGUGAUCAAUAUCACAACCCCACCUAAAUAAUCCUUAAUAGAAAACGCAUUUCAGAAUCUGAGCCAACAUUUUCUGAGAUCGGUCACGCACUGUACGUCAUCAAUUAUCAGGUCUAGUCAGACGUACCCGUCUAGGCAGACGUCUGCAUAAAUGUUUAUCGCGCGACACCAAGUGGCAGCUGGUCCAGAUAGCUUGUCUUCCUCUCAAACGGCAUAGAACGGGUGUUAAAGGAGCAUCCAAAUAUCCCGACGGACUGUGUCGCGCCAGGAACUGGCCUUACGUUUACAUUGCCUUCGGUCAGGCAGCAGCACCGAAUUGAGGGAGGCAGUGCCAAGUUCAUGAGGCUGGUGACGAUGAAUUGCCUGGGAUUUGCCAAUUUGGUUAGGUGCGCAAGUCGAGCAGUUUCUUACGAAGAUUCUGGAGACGCAUGUUCGUGACAAACAGCCGCUUCUAGUCAUCGAGCCUCAAUCACGUCCUCCCUCUCUUCUUAGCAGUUCGACCACCAUUACCAAUGUCCACAGUUAGCCCCACAGCGGAAUGGGCGCGGGGGCGAUUAUUUGCCCGUGAAUUAGUUUACAGUGGUAGUGGAUUUCCGUUGCAUCUACCGCACUCUCUCCCCUCCCACCUGAGCCUGGUAUCAAUACAGAGCCAAGAAGAUCGGGCACGGGGUCGGAUCAGGCGGCUGGUGCAGCGUGGGCCUGUCUGUUAAAAGUGGAGUCCCACGAGGGUCAGUUCUUGGGCCGCCCCCAUACAUUACCUAUGUAAAUGAUCUAGUACGGGAGGUGGAAUAGGACAUGUCGUUCUUUGCAAAUGAUCUUAAACUGUUGGUGAUGAUAGAAGAUGUUACAAGAGGACGUAGAGAAGGUGCACGCAUGGGGCGAGAAGUGGUGCAUGAAAUUAAACACCAAAUAUGUGUGGUAAUGCACAUAUCGGCAAAGCGAAGAGGAGAGGGACACUCACGACAGUAUUUCCUGGGAAAUCAAACACGUGAAAGCGUAAGUGUACAGCAAGACCUUGGCGUAUUCAUUAAAAACGCCCAGGUAUCACCAUACAGUGUUCUAAAUUUGCAGUGCGGACAAUGCCAAUUAUGGGCGCGAUGCGAAGAAUGUUUGUUAACUUGGAUGCAGAUGUCUCUGGUAAGGCAUAUGGGGCAUUUGUGCGGCCGCAUCUGGAGUAGGCGGUACAGGCUUGGCGGCCGUGGCUUUGGAAAGACAGACAUUCUUGAAGGUGUACAGCGAAGUCCCUACAAAGGCCGUUCAUGAACUCAAGGCCAUGCGCACGAGCAACGCAUGACCGCCCAGAAUCUCUAUCCGCUUCACUACAGACAGGACAGAGGUGGCCUUAUAGCGAUGUUUCAGUUGCUAAGAGGACUUGGUCUGUAUGUCGACUGGGAAACUCUUUUUGAAUUGUCACCGAAGAGUAAUUUCAGAUGACACGAUUAUCAACUUAAAAAGGAACUGCGCCACACCCCUCAACGCUCCUUCUUUUCCUCACAGAGAGCCAUUCGCCAAUGGAAUUCUUUACGGAUAUAUGUUCUAAAUUCCCCUGCUGUGACUGUGUUAGGGAGACAUCUGAAUAAUUACGUGUCCAAAGGCAACCAGAAUUUCCCAAACCCCAUCGGGCGGUUUACUGAAAUGACUAUAAAUAUGCUACUAACACAAUUUCAGCAGGUCGUUUUAUGCACAUUAACCUUUCGCCGGAUGAAAAUUUCACUGCGAGAAUGUAGCAAACGUGUUUUUCGCUGUUAUUUCGCAAAGGCCUCACCCUUUUAACAUAUAUGCUUUGUCGUUAGUUUUAUGCAUUCUGCACGCUCAAACUGCAUGUUGAAUUGUUUGCAUACCUAUAGAGUCCAAAUGGAGUCUUAAGGCCUUCUGACUUAGGCGUGUUCUCACACCCUCCGAUUCAUGGCAGACCAGUAACGGGUGCCGGACCCUGUUCUGACCCACCUGUAUCACAGACGAUCAAACAUGAAAAGACACCCGCCACAGUUCUGCGGUUUCAGUCGUUCGUAACGGCUGACAGCUCAUGACGAGGGGGUUUAUUAAUUAGUUCUUGUAGUCAAAAUCAGGCAUUCGGAUUGAGCUGGUCGGCGGCCGGUUUUAGCACACAGACGGAAACGACAAAAUUGGAACCAAAGUGCUGUCAUUUAUGCGCAUGCUAGAAGCUCGUCGAUUCCCUCGUGAGCACAGCAUAGCUCAUCCGUCCCGAGGGGCCGCUUGUCAUACUAUGCUCAGCGACAUCUGUGUUGGUGGUUAAGGCAAGAAUUAAUUUCGUGGAUCUGGAUUUUGCCGGAGGGGCCUCGAGUUGAAUGCCGGUAACAGAGAGUGUUCUAUAGUUUGGUAAUUACUUGUUCAUGCUUUGGAGAUACAAGUCCUCACAUAAGAAUUUGAUGCUUGGUAGAAGACAUCGCCGUCCAAAGCGCCGUGAGCUAGAAAUAUUUGCUGGACACUAUCUUAACGGUUCCUGAACCACAGCAAGCAUCUGGGCAAGACCUGCGCAUAUAAAAAAACUGUACAGGUUGCUCAACACCUCAGUGCGUCUAAUAAAACUGACGGAUGGGUUUUAAUGAAAUGGAAGGAUUCAGCCAUUUCCCAGAAUAUAACUUAUGACAACAAGGUGUAGAAAGGAGUGACUUCACUAUACCUAUGCCUGCCGAGGUUAGGACUCCUUACCGCGAGGACCAAGUCAUACCUCAAACCAUACUAGGAGACAAGAAUCACUAUGACCGUGCCAUUAUUAUAUACAAUUUGAGCCACGUUCUGUAGUUAAACGGGAAUAAUGAUUAGAAUUUGCGCUGGCUACGAAAUUGACACUGAAAGAAAAAAGAUCAGCCAUUCUAAAUACCUUUACGAAUUUCCAGAAUGAAGCCUCAUCUGGGAAUGUCUUCGGUGAUGAGUUCGAAGAAGAACCUAAAACACCGGGCCAAUAAACUUCUCGAUUUAGUGAUUGCAUCUUAAUUUGAAUAAACUUAUUGUUUCCGCUCGAAUCGUUUUUCUGAUGCUUUCAAGCGAAAUUCUAUGACGGACUUUCGAAGUGAUAUCUCGCAAUUAUAUAUUUCCCAUGACAACCACCGAAUCGGAAGACGGAUGUCUGACAAAGGGUGGUUGACAAGGCCGCUGACGGGCGUUAUCCACACGUCGGUACCUCUAUCGAGAAAGAUCAUGCCCUUUUUAAUGCUGACCUGGAGCCAAAUGAUGAACUUUUGUUUUUGUGCGUCUUGUUGUAAACUGGCACUUUGAAUACAAGGAAAAUAGAUUUUUGAGGUAUUCAGUAACGAUGCAAAAUCGCCUCGGUGUUGUGCGAGGUUUUCUACCUUAUCGAAGUGCCGUACAUGCAAUUUUCCUUUAAUUCGGUCUUCUUUGGGAAAACUUUUGGAAACCCAUUAGGCCUCUCUGGAAGCAGAUUUGUCAACUAUCGUCAGCGCCACCGUUACUAGCGCCACAAAUAUUCUGGUAUUCCUCGCCAUUUUUGUUCCUAAAAAGGCCUUCACAGUAAAUAUUGCGCUAACCAUGUGAUUUUGUACCCCCUGCACUAACAACACUGCUGUGCCAACUGGAGUGACCCUGCUGCGGGCAUGCACAGGAACAAAUCACGCCUACUGAAGCCACUUAAGUAGCAACCAAUUAGUGCCAUCUUUCUAAAGACAUAGAAGUAUAUGUGAUUUCCUUUACGCGGAUCGCAUGCACCUUGUAGACUGAGAUCACUAAGCGCUGAUGCAACGAAUGAUCAGGCUCCAACUUAUUCGGCAAUAACAAAAUUUUUUAAGAUCUAAUUACUCCUUUCUUGAGUAUAAAAUGUAAAGAAAACAUGAUUCUCUAUUAAUUGACUGAAAGGAAGCGCAUCUUUGUUUAUGGUUUCUAUAAAAUAUAUUUGAAUUUUCAAGACCAUCGAAAAUCAAUGGGAACAAUGCUUGCUACUUAAUUAGUCAUUUGUUUACCGAGUACAGUUUCUACAGGAGAUUGAGAAACAGUGUAUUCAAAGGCUGACAUCCUGCCGAGUCCGGAAUGUUAUAAGAUUAUGCCACAAGAUAAUCAGUAUUACAACCACACCCAAGUAAUCCUUCCUAAUCGAAAACGCAUCUCAGAAUUUCAGCCAAAAUUUCAGGAGAUAUGUCACUCAUUGUACUUUUAUGUGUCAUUGCUUACUCCUAAUGACCGCUGAUCGGCAGUGAACUCGAUAGUUGAGGUCGCAUGCGCUCGAGACUUGGAUACUCAGUGACCCGUAGAAUCCAGGUACAAAUAACGGGUGAAUUAAGACAUUACUAGCGGAUGAUGGCUACUAAGUCAGAAGUGGCCAUCUUAUUGUCAGUCCUCUUGUUCUUGCUGACUGUAAAGGGAAAAGACAACGAUGAUAACCUUACCACCUGUCACCAGAAGACGAAUUUGUAUCAGGCAUCUUUGUCGUGAGCAAUCCGCCAUUUAUAUUAAUUCUUUGGUAUUUCAUUCACACAAAACCAGUACUGUCAUUAAAAGCACUUUAGAGGACCAAUGACAACUAGUGCUGUAUAAAGCCACGCAAGCAAUUCAGCACUGAUAUUGCAUAAUAACUGUCCUGCGUCGGGCUGGCGGUUGUCAACCGCAAAGAAGAAACGUGCGCAGAGCACCAAUCAGUGAACUCUGACCAGCCUACGCGCCUCUCAAUAGGAGAUGGAUGUCCUUUAAUUAAAAAGUUAUUUUUACACGACCGCUCGCGAGUUCUAGCGCAAAGCUAAAAAUCCGCUUUAGGUGCCACAGUCAUAACCGACCAGUGAACAGCACACAUAUGUGAUUUUCGACUGUAUUUCGUCUUUUCUACAGCCGCAGAUAUUUGCCUCGAUGACCCCGGACGCACAGGUAUUGGUCUAAAUUUACUGAUAAUUCUCAGGACUUACACUUUUAUCAAGCUGACUCUACCAAGUCAUCAGCAGUUUGAAAUUUCCCCUCUUAGUCGUACUCAUACCUCAGGGUGGUAGGAGCCCCAUGCUACGUGUCAAGAUAAAGAAAACCCCGCCAGUACUGAGGUUACGAAGAAUAAACCGCAUCUGACUCCUGAGCAAAAACCUAAAGUACAGUUGAUAUGCUAUCUCAUGAAAUGUUAACCGACAUUCUAAGUCAGGGUGCUGACUUCUGAACAAGCCUAUUCCAGACCGCCCGCAAAGGCUAACCAAAUAAUACGUAUUUUCCGAUUAAUUUUCGAUGCCCUUAUAAAUUCAAAUGAACAGUAGGUGUGUUAACUCAUGAAAUGUCAUGAGUUAGCACAAAAAAUCCCUAUAACGCAAAAUCCGUCCAACCUGCGUUUCCCGAAAUCUAGCGGCAGUGAAAAACGACCGUCAAUUAAAUAAAAGGCAUCAUUUGGGCUGUAAAUUAAUAUUUACUACCGCAAAAAUAAUUAACUUUCACUGAAAACUAGAAUUUUAGAAAAUGGCUAUAUUGCGAAUCGUCUAAAUAGGGCAAAAUAUAAGGGGGCACAAUGAAGGGGAUACAGGAAAUGGCAAAAAUAAUGAAAAAUAAUAACAAAUACAAAGGAUCAGUACUUUUGAUUGUCCAUUUACAUUGAUCACAGUAAAAAGUCUUUCAGACAUGGAGACGACCAGGUUGUCUAUAGUGGCUUGCUCAUUGUGAUUGUCUAGCAUGAAAUCAAGUUUUUCAUGCAUGGACAGUUUAUUAUUCAACUUAUGUCGAUGUCUCUUGAUAAGUGCGAAAAUAUUUUUGAUGGGAUUGAAAUCGGGGUUGUUGGAAGGAAUGAAAAUCGACUGGAGUCCACAUGCGGAAAGGCUGGCUGUUGUCUAGAAAGUCAGAUUAUGAUUAAAAGCCUUAUGAGAUUAAUACUUCUUCGGGACGAUGGACAGGUGCAUUGUCGUGUGAAAUUAUAAUAUCCAGUCUGCGUCGGUGGAUGUCAUUGUAAUCGAAAACAUCCUUCACAAUGUUGACGAACACCGUGCUGUCGACAGUGUCCGUAGUCGAUUUUCAGAUUGGCCGCUCUCGGAAUUUAAUCGCCAUCCAAACCACUAACCGUCAGCAAUUCUUGAAAGUUGCCGUCGGCGUAAUGUGCACUUUUGUAAGGUUGUUUUCGCAUAUGACCAUGUGAGUCCACUUACUUGCCCUGUCUAAAAAUAAGACGUCAUCGCAGAAGUAAAUGCUCUUCCAGAAUGAGGGCCGGCAAUUAAUAUAUUUCUUAGCGAACAAAAAACGUUUUCUAAUAAGUUUUCUACUUCAAAACGGCUUGAUCAUGGCCUUUUGUUGGUGGAGUUUAAAUUCCUACAUUCUCUUCCCAAUUAUGUUCAUGGAGAACAUCGGCAGAUGUUACUUGUAAAUGGUCUUAAUGGGCAUAUAAUGACAAUUUUUCAAUGUACAUCGAUUAAACUCGUCGUCCUGCUAACUUUGGACCGUCUGCCCCCUCGCCUAUUUAUGGGUACGGUUCUAUCAUUAAGUAUUCGCCACAGAAAAACUUUACUAAUAUUAAAAAUACUUGUUAACGAUUCACGCGAAGACCUUCCGCUGCUAAUUUCCGUAUCCUUUCAUAGUCGACUGCUGAAAGAUAUUGUCUGGACAUGUUUAGCGUACGGCGUGACACAGAAAAGUGGCAGCAUGUCGGGCGUACUUAAUAUAUAUAUCUCUAACCACGCCUAUUAGUUCUCGGUGUGGUGUGCCGAUCAAGUUUAUUGCUAAGUUUCUUGGCACGAAACACCAUAAAUUUAUAAAAAGGAAUUUCAUAACCUGAUCUUGACCUUUUUUUCCUGAAAACAGUGCAAGUUCUCAAACCUGGCCUUACCUGAUUGUCAUUGAAGUAAAAAUCGAAUUUCCAGUUUUCAUACGGGAUAUUUUUCGUACUUUCCUGUUUGUAUUAAUCUUCGUUUACAGCAUGUGAAGUUUUAGUCUGCAAAUUUCUAUAACAUAGGAAAUUAUCUGGAUACCAAGAAAGGUCAGAUUUCGCCCAAAUCUGGCCUGCUUUCCUUUAAUAAAACUGACUGUAGGUGAACCUCCCUUCAGUAAAUGGCCUUUUGUGUUUCAAAUCAUUUUAACAAACACAAAUAACGGCACCAAAUGCAUGACAUGUUUCUCGCUAAAAUGUCAACCACGAACUUCCAUGAGUUAGACCACCAACUGUAUUUUAUAGCGAACGUACACAAAAAUACUUUCUCUCAUGCUAAUUUGAUGGCAAGUGACGUCUUGUUUAAAUUUUGCACUUGAGUGAAUGGCAUGUGUCUCUUUCAAGAAGCUUUCCCAUUUCGAAACUUAUUCUGAACUCGACCAAAUUUUCAAACCACAUACUGCAGACUUCCCCCAUGUGAGAAAACUCAUACUGUGCAAUAAUUUACCGUACUAACAACACAGGUAUUAGCUAAAAGCCUAGACACGCGUGUUUCGCCGAUCUUGUGCCGCUGCCUGACGCAGCUGCGAGGGGUUCGGCUCGUCAGUGGGUCCCCCAGCUUUCCCCGUGUGUUUUCUGGUAUAUGAACUCCAGUUUCAACUUGCCUUGCUUAAUUUUCGAGGAAAUUAUUGCGCGAACUUGGAGUAACUCUUUCGAAACAGGCCUUUUCAGGCACGGUCCGAAAUUUGAUAUGAAUAUUUGGGCUGAAAUCCGUCAGCUACUGCGGAAUAACCGCUUAAUAUUCACAAACCGCCAACAGGCAGCCAGUAGUAUAGCAUUGUGCAAUAAUUUACCGUACUAACAACACAGGUAUUAGCUAAAAGCCCAGACACGCGUGUUUCGCCGAUCUUGUGCCGCUGCCUGACGCAGCUGCGAGGGGUUCGGCUCGUCAGUGGGUCCCCCAGCUUUCCCCGUGUCUCAUAUCAAAUUUCGGACCGUGCCUGGAAAGGCCUGUUUCGAAAGAGUUACUCCAAGUUCGCGCAAUAAUUUCCUCGAAAAUUAAGCAAGGCAAGUUGAAACUGGAGUUCAUAUACCAGAAAACACACGGGGAAAGCUGGGGGACCCACUGACGAGCCGAACCCCUCGCAGCUGCGUCAGGCAGCGGCACAAGAUCGGCGAAACACGCGUGUCUGGGCUUUUAGCUAAUAUCUGUGUUGUUAGUACGGUAAAUUAUUGCACAAUGCUAUACUACUGGCUGCCUGUUGGCGGUUUGUGAAUAUUAAGCGGUUAUUCCGCAGUAGCUGACGGAUUUCAGCCCAAAUAUUCAUAUCAAAUUUCGGACCGUGCCUGAAAAGGCCUGUUUCGAAAGAGUUACUCCAAGUUCGCGCAAUAAUUUCCUCGGAAAUUAAGCAAGGCAAAACUCAUACUCCUCUCCACGCUGCUUAAAAGGUUAUAUAUGGCUCACGCAUUUUUCAUUGGGCGUGGACCACUUUGUAUACUUUACAAACAGCCGUAAUAAGCGGACAGAUACGAUGCUUUAGGAAUGGACAUUUCCCGAUCUUAAAAAUCUCAUAUUUAGGGGCCCUUUUGAUAUAGAAUUGUACACUUUUGAAGAAGACGUAAUCUGCUAUCAAAUAAAUAUAAGAAAGACCUCCUAUGCAUAGUUUCUAUGGAACAUAUUUGAGAUAAUAAAGAUCUGCAAAGGCGACGGGAGAUAUGGAUGUUACUUAAGUAGCCAUUUUUAACAAAGUGUAGUUUUUGACGGCGGUUGGAAAGGAACUUGCUCAAAAGACGGCAUCCUGACGUAUCUGAAAUAUUUGAAGAUUAUGGUGCCCUUUAAUAAAUAGUACAAAUCUACUCAGGUUAUCUUUUCAAUAGGAAAUAUGUUUCAGAAUUUCGGUUAAUAUUUCAUUAUGUAGCAAAUGUACUGUAAAUUCAUUUAUUCAGAAACGCCUACUGAAGCACCUAGUGGCCUGGCCUCCUAGAUUUUAAAACCCACGUCGAUACUGUCUAAAACGACUGAUGAAGAAGGUGUCAAGUUAGAUAGCCUAGGAAUAUUUUAAAAAGCGGUUUAAACUACGUGGUGAGUUUUUCUGCGUUCCUGUUGAAUCCCCUCUUCAAUCACAGAGAAGGCUAGACGGCCAAAUGUGUCGGUCAAAUCUGGAAGCGGAGUAAACUGCGAGAGAUUCUACUGACGAAACCAUGUGACGGCUGAUGACAAUCUGUCCAACUCCCGAACCAUGAUGUUAAUGCUACUUAUUCCUACGGGUUGUUUCAUUCCCAGGCCUGAUUUCCCACUGCAGGUCUCGCAUGCAUGCUCUCCCGUUUACCGCCUGAAUUAGCUACAACUGCUAAAUACUGCACUGAACCCCAUUUUACUCAGGAAAUAUUCUGAGCAAACAACCAUGCUCGCAAAUUUUUUUGUCAUGAGGCGUCUGUAGGACAAUGCAGAGUCUCAGGGAGCUAUGCAGCAAAAGGGAGCUGACACACGAUACUUACUCCACCUCUGCCAUCAGAUCGCCCCUUCUGUAAACAGUUGCUCGUGUUUUUUGACGAAAAAUCAUUUGUCAACCAACUCUUCACUUGGGACCAAUUAUGGAUUUGUGUAGAUUUUCGUAUUUGAUUUAUUAAAAUGCAAAUCCAGCGUACCGGUAGGAGUUCUGUUAGUUCUUAAUAACUGGAGAUGCCUAGUCGAACAAUCGACCUACGAAGACGUUUGCUUGUAACCAGAAUCUGUCCAGAGUACUCCACAGUUGAGAGCGAAGCUUCGCUAACUGAGCUUGCAUUUUACCGACACGUGUUUCACUCCAGUUAGCGCACAGGUUCCCAUUACGAUUUGGAAACUACGCGCUUUUUCCGCAACAAGUGAAUGCUCAAUUUCCAAUCAGAAGCUAGCGAUCGCCCCAUAAAAGGGGAGCACUCUCUGAGGAAAUACGAUGUGACAUGAAAUUUAUUCAAACUACCGGGGAAACCUAACUCGUAUGUGCGAGGCAUCUGUUCAUCACAAACGGAGGAGGUAUUAGAGUUCACACGGUGCAGUUAAAAUGCACCUACGCAACAUCACCUCUUUGAACCUUUGGUCCCUUUGAUGAAAAUCAAGAGAACAGAAAUCGCUCCUCGUUACCUUUGCUACUGCCAGUCACAGUCGGCGAAGUUCUAAGGGGAAACUAAAGGCAAUUUACUCUUUUCUUUGCAGCAAUAAAUCAGAGAAUGUUUCUUCCUGCCUUGCCCCUGCUUCGCCUAACUUACGUACUUACUUUGAAUAACUUAUUGCGGUAUAUGGGAGGCGAAAGGGUCAUUCGUUUGAACUCGGAAGCUACAGUUAAACUUGUUUGAUUGACUGCCCUCAGCUCCAAAUAACCCCAUAUAGCCGAUUUUUCAAAUUAAAUGUGUUCUUCAGGAUUCCGUUUGGCAGAUACUUGGGUCUCAAGCGCAGGAAAUGGGACAAACGUACAAUGUGGUCAGCUUCUAUCCUCCAGUCCCUAGGAUUUCCUGAGCAGGUACUGAAAAUCAGCAAGUUGGAGUGUGUCCUCCAGCCUUAAUUUUUCUUUUUUUCAAUUCAUGGAAACAGUUGGAACAGUUGCUUCCUUGACAGGCAAGCAAAGUGAUUUUUUUCGUCUGCAUCUUGUCAGCAAAUUUUCCAGUUACCUUAGAUUUGGUCGCUCUAGGCAAGGAACUCAAGCAGUCUUUCGAGUCGGACAUCCCCGCCCACGUACUACAGGUGACUUCGCGCUGAGUCACAGGGGAGCGCCAAUUCCCCAGUCCUUCCUUUGUCCACAACCCUCUUAGUCAUUGCCCUAAUCCUAACCCCGGUUUUCUCCUCCAGGCCGCGGUCACUUCUUAAAUGACCUUUUUGUUUUCUGCGUUAUUGUCCCGAGACAUGAACCCAGACACUUCCUUCCCCAGGCCUUCAUCGUCGCAAUUAUUGGUGUGGAGUUCCACGUCAUAUUUGGCCUCCUGACUGCUUGCCCCAAAGCCAGCUCUCAUGGUGGUGCGAACGCCUUCUCCAACAGAGAUUUCCCACCGUCCUCCCUGAGCUCCGGCCCCGGUUAUCCAGUUAGGAAACCUUUCGCAGAUAUCCCAGCCUCACACUUCGCUCUCUGUCUUGCCGCCUGA